CGGCGAGUCGGCUGGCCGCUCCAACAAAAGCAACAUAGAAAUCGUCCGUCAAGGGUUCCGCCUCCCAUGCUCCUGGAUCGUCGCUUGAUAUAACAACAGAAUUUCGAGGUAAUAAAGAAGAUGCCAACAAAAUUGACUGUGUUCUUAUGGCUGAGCAUCAUAAUGCAAGCGUUUUGCAACACAACCCACGAAACAGUAAAGAAGAAAAGAAAUGAACUAUUUGAAAAAGAAUUGGAAAUGAUGCUCGGACGCGACAUUGUAUUGAAUGAAAACGAAACUAAAGUCAACGAGAUAUUUAUGAAACUUAAAACGAAAGAACUAGACCAAGGAUUCCGGCACAGACGUCCUUUUGUUUUAUCCAAACACUUCUUUGAAUACAAAGAUGAUGUCAAGAAAACUGAACUGUACAAGCUGAUUAAAAAAAUGCCAAAAGGUGCGGUGCUUCAUGCCCACGAUACUUCACUCUUAGGUCCAGAUUACGUAUUAGAAUUAACAUACUGGAAAGAUUUGUAUAUUUGUUUUAUUGACGACGAAGUAUUAUUUAGAUUUGCGAAGACUUUACCUACUACACCGUGUGCAACAAAAUGGCAGCUUGUUAAAGAAGCAAGAUACUCAUCGGGUAACGUUGAUGAAUUCGAUGAUCACCUCCGAAAAGAGUUCACGUUAGUCGUAGAUGAUUAUGUAAAGAAGUACCCAGAUAAUAAUGCCAUUUGGAAGAGCUUCAAGAAGUACUUCAAAACAAUUUUAUCAAUUGUCUCUUACAAACCGGCAUGGGAGCAAUACUUUUAUGACGCGCUAAAGGAGUAUCGUCAUGACAAUGUAUUCUUUCUUGAAGUGAGAAGUAUUUUACCAACGCUUUACGAUUUAGAUGGAAACGUGUAUGACCCAGUAGCAACCGCUGAAUCAUAUCAGAAAGUAACUGAACAAUUCAUGCAUGAUUAUCCAGAUUUUAUGGGUGCGAAACUUAUUUACGCGCCGUCUAGAGGGACAGAGCAAUUUACUUUCGAUGAAUAUUUGAGAUUCGCAAAAGAAAUCAAACGUAAGCUACCGGAUUUCUUUGCUGGUUUCGAUCUAGUCAAUCACGAGGAUGCGGGACCGCCAAACAAACAUUUUCUACCACAGCUGGUCAAUGAAAAAGAUAACUUAAACUACUAUUUCCAUGCCGCCGAAACUAAUUGGAACGGAAUGGAUUCAGACGAAAACCUGUAUGACGCUUUGGCUCUGGAUACUAAACGUAUCGGUCACGGAUUCGCUCUGAUAAAGCAUCCACUUUUAAUAGAUGAAGUAAGAAAGAGAGAUAUCGCCAUAGAAGUGAAUGUAAUUUCCAAUAAUGUUCUUUGUUUGGUCAGUGAUAUUAGGAAUCACCCGCUUUCGUCUUAUUUAGCGCAAGGCUUGCCUGUCGUGGUGUCGAGUGAUGAUCGCGGUGCAUGGGAAGCGGACCCUUUGUCCCAUGACUUCUAUGCCGCAUUCGUUGGAGUAGCCAGCCGCCAUGCAGACCUGAGGCUUCUGAAAAAGCUCGCUCUGAAUUCGAUACGCUACAGUACGUAUUCGGACAAAAACAAAAUGAUUGCUGAAUUCGAAAGCCGAUGGUCACAAUUCAUUAAUGCUGUGAAAGAUAAACAUGCUUAGAAAAAUCACAGAAGCACAAAUCACACAAUAAUUUUCUUGAUUAAAUAUAAA